ACGAGCUGAACUUCCAACCUCCAAUCUAUUUCCGGCUGUGAAAAUAUGGCACGGCGAUAAUAACAUACAAAGUCGAUUUCGUCACGGAUUUAUGCAGAAUUUUGUUGACGAUCGAGGAUACAGAUUCUACAAACUGUCCUGCAUGUACGUUUGACGCGCGUUCUUUUGCCGCGUUGGAGGACUGCGAUCGGUGACGAAGCGACCUAAAUAUGACCAGCGAUUUAUUACCCUCCUGACACUUUGAGCAACGCCAGAUAAAAGUGCAUAAUGUCAAGUGCAUCGGAGGAACCAUCGGAUGCGAUGGAAGGUAGCUUUCCUGAGGCUGCCGUACAUACAAAAGAAACAUGUGAACAGAAUAAGAAUCAACUGGAGUCCUUCAAAGAAAUUAUGAUGAGGAACCAACAAAGUUUAAAGAAAGAAGAAGAAGUCCAGGAAUAUGCACGAAGAUUAUCAAAGAUCAAAUCCAGAGCCAAAUUGUCACGUCGUAGUAAAGAAGGAGCUUCAUCAUCUAAAGACACAGUGCAUUCGCAUAAGACUGAAUUUGCAGCAAAGGAUACAGCAGAUGAUACAAUUGAUGACAUAAGUCAAGCAAAAACCCCAAAAGCAAAAUCUUCUUUACUUCAACGAAAAUUGGCAGAAAAUAGGAAGGCAUUCGAGCAACGUAGUAAGGAAUUGACGGAAACAAAACGAGUAAUGGAGGAAAAAGUGGAAGCUAUUAGGCAACAAUUAGAUGAAACAGAUUUAGCAGCGGAAAUACACAAAGAUCAAUUGGCUGUCACACCAAUUAGACCUCUUGUGAUUACUUCAGAUGUGAUGACACCAGUUCAAAUUCAGGACAUUCAAGAAAAAGAGAACAAGAUUAUGGAUCUAAAUAGCAAAAUUGUCAAAUUGGAAGCUACCAUACUAGAUCUUCAAGAAAAUUUAAAGGAAAAGGACUCUGUGAUUGAUUCCAAAACGAAGGCGGUGACUCUUAUGUCCGCGGAUCUCUCUAGGAAGGGUAAAACGACAUUGGACACUCUCGAAGAUACGAAAGACGAAAUGCGAACGAUGCAGGAAAAUUUUAUCCUGAUAGAAACUUCGUUGAAAAAUAAGAAUGUCAGUUUGUUGAAACAAUUGCAAGAAAGAGAUAGCAAAAUAUCAGAAUUGGAACAUACAAUCAAUAGAUUUGAAGAGCGGUUUAAAGAACAGAAAAUAGCUGAAACAGUAAGUGCGGAUUUCUCGCGCUCCACUAUGGAUACUUUAGCGGAGACUAAAGAUGCGAUGAAGUCGAUGCAGGAAAAUUUCGUUCUCAUUGAAUCCUCAUUGAAAUUGAAAAACGAUAAUCUUCUUCAGCAAUUAGGGGAAUACGAAGUGAAAUGGGAAGCCAAAGAAAGAAUUUUUCAGUUAGAAUCGGGCGCCGGUAUAGUGACUACACCAGCAGUUGAGGAUCUACAAUUUAAAAUAGAGAAAUUAGAGCAGAAUAAUCGGCAGCUUCUCGAUGAAAAGUACGAGAUGCAAAAAAAUGUUGCCGAGUUGCAGGCUAAGAUUAUUUCUAGCAAAUCGACUCAAAGUAAUGGUGCAAUCAUUGAGAAAGAUAAUAGAAUAGCGGAACUUGAAAAUUUGAUAGAAGAACUUAAACAAUCGAACGAAUUGCUGAAAGAAGAAUCGAAGACCGAGUUGCAAAAACAAGUAACUGAAUUGUCAUCCAGAAAUGAAGAAUAUUCCAACAAGAUUAUAGAUUUAGAGAAGCAAGUACAUACAUUGGAAACAGAGAAGAAUGAUAUAGCAUCAAAAUUGUCAGCCGAGCAAACGACAUCUAAAGAUGAUAUAGUAAUAAAGUUGACAAAGGAAUUGGAAGAUUUAAAUAAAGGUAUGAUCAAAUUAAAGGCCCAACACAGAAGUAAAGUGAAAAAUCUGCAAAAACAACUGGAGGACUUCAAAAUGGUAUCCGAUACGAAUGCGGAACUUGUUAGAUUGGGCAAUCAAGUGGCAUUAUUGGAGGAGGAGAAAGGUAACCUUCAGCUGAGUCUGGUAGACUUUGACGAGCUUAAAGCCUCGGCAGGAGAUUGGCAAGAACGUGUUGCUGACCUGGAAAGUAAGGUUUCAUCUCAGACAAAAGAAAUACAGAUGCAUAUUGAUGCAAUCGCCACCUUAGAGAAUCAAAAGUUAGAUUUAAUGCAAGAACUUCACACAGUGAAGCAGGAAGUUUUGGCAUUGGAAGCUGAAAACGCAGAGUCGGAGAAUCUCAGAGUGACUGCAGAAAUGAAAGUUGUUGAACUGGAGGAACAAUUGGAAGCUGCACACAAAGAACAGAGUGAAAAUAAAUUCGAAUCCGCAUCCGAGUCUGAAUACCAUGAACUUCUGAAGAAGCUCGACGCUCUGACACAGGAAAAUUCAGAAUUAUACAGUAAAUUAAACAAAAUGGAGGAAAAGGGCGCUUCGGAUACCGGUUCGACAGAGUCCUUCGAAGCCAUUCAAGUGAAUGAUAGAAAUGAUCUUUUGAAAAAGAUCGAGGAUUUAGAACAGAAGAAUAAUGAAUUGACGCUCAAGUUGACGAAGUUGGAAGAGAAAGACGGCUCGCAUGCUGGCUCGACAGAGUCCUUCGAAACCAUAAACGAUGGAGAUCGCAGUGAAUUAUUGAAGAAGAUCGAACAGUUGACCCAGGAAAAUAGUGAUUUAACUAUGAAGUUGAGCAGAAUCGAAGAGAAAGGCUCGUCCGAUACGGGUUCCACUGAAUCCUUCGAACGUAUUCCAGAGCAUGACAGCGUGACAAAAAUUGAACUGCUUACUCAGGAGAACAACGAGCUCGUUAUUAAACUUACGAAGCUGGAAGAACAGUUAAGUCAAAUAGAGUGCGGUGCUCAGUUAAGUGUCCCUAAGGUUGAUAGUAGUUUAGAGACACUUAAAGAUGGCAGCUCGGGAUUGCAAGUUGAGACGCUCACGCAGGAAAAUGACAACUUAAUGGCAAAUAUUGCUAAGCUGAAGACGCAAGUAGGAGAUCUCGCGGAAGAAAAUAACAGGCUGCAGGAUCGUAUAGAAACAUUGACAAUGGAGAAUACUGAAUUAGUUAUAAAUCGCACAAAAUUAGAGGAACAUCUUGAAGCGCAAAUGUCUCAAAUGUCAAUUCAGAUAAUAGAAUAUACCGAUCAAAUAAAAAUUUUAAUGGAUAGACAGCAGGUUCUUGAAAAGGAGUUGACACAGUUGCGAGAAGCUUCAGUAGAGCAGUCAGUUAACAUAACAUCAUGCGAGACUGAUGAUGCAAAGUCUAAAAUUGUGACACUGGAGAAGGACAAUGCGCAAAUGAUAAUGACCAUUACACAACUCGAAGAACAUAUCAAUAAUCAGAAGGAAGAAUUGAGUAAAAUUACUAAAGAGAAAGAAGAAUUGAAUCUAAAGUUGGAACACAUGACUUGUGAUGAUUUUGCUAGGGAAAGAUUGGAACUCAUCGAUAAAUUGGAGAAUUUGUAUCGAGAGAAGGAGAGUGUAGUUCAUGAGAGGCAGGAACUGCACGAACAAAUUAGCACUCUCUUACAGAAAUCAUCUGACGAAAUGUCAGAGAUGCGAAAGACGCAGGAAGCCGGUUGUGAGGAAUCCCAAACUGUAAUUGUAGCAUCUUUAGAGAGAGAACUUGAAAAUAGCAAAAUAUUAAUCGCGGAGUAUAAAAAUCAGGUGGAAGAGAUGAAUAUGAAACUGCAAAGCAUGGAGGCGGAGUUGCAGAAAAAAGCCAAACAAUUGCUCGAUUACGAGGCGUCGGAUGAAAGAGUGGAGAGUUUGCAACACGAAUUGAGGGACAUGUCUAUUACCGCAGAGGAAUGGAAAUUCAAGUACGAUGAUAUGCAAGUAAAGAUGCAAGCCAUAGAGCAAAAUAAGAUCUCCAUAGAGGAAGCUUUUAAAACGUUGGAGAAUGAUAAUAAAGAAUUGUUAGAAGCGAUAAAGGAAAAAGAUGCAGCAACUUUUACUUUACAAGAACAAUUUCAAGCUACUAUAAAUUCGCUCGAAACAAGAUUGCAAGAUGAAAUGGCGAAUAUAACUGUAAAAGAAGAUGAAAUCAUGGUCUUGAAAACAGAGAUUGAGAAGAAAGAACAAGAAUUGCAUAUUAAAUACGCUCAAUUGCAAAAUGGAAUGAUUACUAUAGAUAGUUUGCAAGACGAGUUGAAUAAUUAUUCGAUCAAGUUUAAAGAAAAUGAAGCUACUUUAUCGUCAUCAUUGGGAGAGAUCGUAAGACUCAAUGAUAUAAUAAAGCAGAAAGAAGAAGAUGUUGAUACUUUGACAAAUAAUAUUAGCAAAAUUACUGAAGCAUUAGAACACUCUAAAUCUUUAGAAGAAUUCAAUGAAAUAUUAGAGAGUUUGCGAAAUAAAGAAACAAAUUAUAUCGAGUUACAGGACAAGCACGAAGAAGUCUUAAGAGAAAACAAUGAGUUAUUGCAAAAGAUUGAAGACAUGUCGAAGGAUAAUGAAAAUAAAAAUGAAUUAAUUAAGAAAGAAGAGGAAAUUAAUAGUUUGCUUGUAGAUAAAAAGAAUUUGGAUGCACAAAUUGAAGAAAUUAAGAACGAUAAGACUGAAACUGAAAAGCGACUUUGGGAAUUGGACAAGAUUUUAAACAAUCAAACUAUGUAUGCUGAAAACAUACAAUCGGAACUGUCGAAUGAAUACAAGCAGAUGGAGCUGCUUAGAAUCAAACAUAGGGAGGAAAUGGAAAUGAUGAAAACAAAAUUAGAAGAGAUUAUGGAAGAAUUAAUCGAAAAAAUAAAGGAAAAUGAGGCUAUGAAAGCUGAGUUAGAGAAAACGAAUGAAUUACUUGAGAAAAGUGUCACGGAAGAGAUGAAGACUAUCUUGGAGGGCAAAAUCACGGAUUUGGAAGAGAAGCUUUCAGAAUCGGAGAAUAAGCUUCAGAUGCAAUCUGAAAAGAUGAAGAAGAUCGUGGCGACUUUCAAUAAAAAGAAAAUUGCAUGUCAAGAACUUGAAGCACGAGUUGCUGAGUUGGAGGAGAAGUGGUCGAGAAAAGACGAGAAAGAAGUUAAGAACAAACAGAUACAGGAGGUAGAGAUUUCCAUGCGGGAGAAGGACAACAAGAUCGCCGACCUGGAAGAGAAAUUGCUGCAGACGAAGAACGAUACUGCGGAGGCUCUCGCGAAUUCCGAAAAAAUCGCAAAAGAAUUGGCCAGUUUGAAGGAAAAGAUGGCAGUGCUGAUGGAACACAACACGGAAAUGGGUGAUGAAAUUGAGAAGCAACGCGCGGAGAUAGAACGCAUCUCUCUUGAAAUGGGAACGGAGAAAGCGGCAAAGGAGAAUAUCACUUCAGAAUAUGAACUCUACAAACAAACUACGAGCAAGGAAAACGAGCAAAAACAGGCAAUUAUGGAUGUUAUAAAAGAAGAGGCACGAGAACUGAGUGUGCGUAUGCAAGUGAUGGAGACCGAAUACGUGGCACAGCUUGCCACGAUAAAGAAUUUGCAGGCGGAGAACGGCCUCCUGUCGUCAAAACAAGCGCAGAUCGAUGAGAAACUGGAAAACGCUGAGAAAGAAUCUGAAGAUCGUCGUUUGCUGAUCGAGCAGUUGCAAAAGGAGAUCGCGACUAUGACUAUGGUAGCUGCGCAAUCUACGGAACAGGAUGUAAGAGAGGAUGACACGGAGAGGCAGCACUGCGACCAUUCCGAACAAUGUCAAAAUUAUGUAAAAGCGUUAGAGGCACGUUUACAGGAGCGUCAAGCAGAGAUUGAAAAUUUAAAUAACGAGUUGGCUAAUUCAUAUGGCAAUAUCGUGUUACUUCAUGAUCAGUCUCAGAGGUACAACGAUAUGAUGAUGCAGGAGCGUAUGAACGCUCAGGAGCAUUUUAACCAAUCACUUAUGGAAACGAAUACGUUGCAACAAGAAAUCGACGCCUUGAGAACGGAAAGAUCCAUGAGCGAGCAGAAAAUGUCGGACUUGGAAUCUGAAUUGGAAGAAUAUAAACGUAGGAACGAAGAAGACAAAAUUGAAACUGCGGAAACAGCUGAGACUUCUGUCAUCGAGAGCCAACAACUGAAGCAAGAUACUUUACAAUCAACGGAUGCUGCAAAGAACCUUGAUACAAUUUUGGAUGCCGAGAAGGAAAUAGAGCGAUUGCAGAGUUUAUUAAACGAGAAAGAGAAUCAAUGUUUGGAGCAAAUGAAAGAAAUUAAUCUUUUACUAAAGAAUAUAGAAGAAGGGAAGUUGCAUAUCCAAGACUUACAGACUCAAUUUGAGAAUUCGCAAGGCGAGUUGAAGAGAGUAGAACAUCUUCUUUCUGAGAAAGAUGCGCAGCUGGAAUCAUUAAAUACGGAAUUGAACAAAGUGACGUCUCAAUUAAGCGAACACAAAGUUUUGCAGGAACAGUAUCGUAUCACUCAAGAGGAAUUGGAAAGAUUACAGCAACUUGUAGUCGAGAAGAAUGUGCAGGCAGAUUCAUUGAUUGCAGAAUUGAAUGCCGUAAAUCAACAGAUGACUAUGCAGUCGCAGCAAUAUGCGGAUAUAGAAAAUAAUCUGCGAACAGAGAUCUCGCUCAAGGAUGUUGAAGUAGUUGCGAUAAGAGAAGAAUUGGCUUUCACGAAAGAGACUGUGCAAACAUUAAUAACGGAACGAGAUCAACAAAAUCACACCUUGGAAACGUAUAAAUUUCAGAUUGAUAAUCUGACGGCAGAAGCGAAGAACGUCAACGAUAACGAUUCGAUACGAGAAACGUCUACGAGUUGGCGUAACCUGCAGAUUGAACUGGAGAACGCUUUACGAGAGAGGGAUCAGGCGCAAGCGCUCAUCGCGAAUCUCAGACAAGCUUUAGACGAUUCACAACAGAGCCUUCAGGAAUUGAGAAUGCAUAAAGACAGUUUGUCGGUUCAGCAAGAAUCGGGACAAGUUCUUACAGCUAUCAAAGAACCGAUUAUUCAACAAGAAUCCGUACAAACUGCAGAAGCUCCUAUUGAAAAAGAAGCACAGGAUACUCAGUUAGAUAUCGGUUUAGGCUGGGAUCAAGGGUCUGAACCGCUUGUCGAUGAGGAAGCUUGGGGUUGGAAUACGGAGGACGCUCAAUUAAUUAACGAGCCCAGUGUGAUUCCAUUAAUUCCGAGCGUCGAGACGCAAUUACGCGUGCAGGUAGAAGACUUGCAAGACAGAAUAAAAAAUCUGGAAAUGCAGAAUGCUAAGAUCGCUGAAGAGAAUAAAAUGGUACAGAUAAAGAGUGCUAAACUGGUGAAGAAGUUGAAGGAGUAUAAGGCGCAGGUGGAGAGCUUGCAACAACAAUUAAAGAUGCAAAAGCAGACUGACAGCUUUUUCGACCUGGAUACGGCAAUCGAAGAGGAACUGAAAACGCAGAUCACCAAUUUGGAGAAAGCUCUUAACGAAAUUAAAGAGGAGAAGAAAAAUAUUAUCGCUGACAAAGAGGCUUUAUUGAAACGACUCGAUGUAAUAACGUCGGCUAAUGAAAGAUACAUGGAAAUGAAGGAACGACAGGAUAUGGAAGUUGAGGUAUUACGUAUUCAGAAUAAGGAACUGAGUAAUAAAGUGCAAUCCUUAGAGUGGCAGUUACAGGAAAAUACAACUGAAGAUCAGAUUGAUCCGUCACAGGAAACCGAUCAAUCUGUCGCGUAUAAUCAGACUCAGAAAAAAUCGGUGAAAUCUGUCGACAACUUCGAAGAGAUGUCGAAAAAGUAUAAGGAGGAAAUAGACGAUUUGAAGGACGAAUUGGAAGCGCUCGCAGCGGAAAACGAACAGUUGCAGCACUUUUUAGAAGAGCAAAAAGCGGCGAUAACAAAUUUAGAAUCGAAGAAUAUUGAUGAUAACUCUGGAGAAUUUCGAGAAAAACUGGAUGCGUUGAAUAAAGAAAAUACGGCACUUCAAAGCGCUUUAACCAAGAGCAAAGAAGAGUACGACAUGCUGAGGAAGCAGUAUGAACAAAGUUUAAUAGAUGCGAAUGAUCAAGUGACAGCGAUGCGACAAAACAGCGAUUUCCUCAAAGCUGAAUUUAUGGAGAAAAUAGACAAAUUGGAAGCGGAGAUUAAUAAUUUACAGACGAAUAAUUUGCAAGUUUUGGAAGAGAAGGACAUUUUGGAAGGCAAGAUCAGUGCUUUAAUGAAUUCUGAGGAAAAACUUUCGAUCGUCAAUACAUCCUUAAUGGAGGUCACGGAGUUGCUUAACAUCAGGGUUCAAGAAGUCGCUGAUCUGAAGCAAGAACUUCAAGUCCAGUAUGUGGAAAAACAACAGGCUGAAGCGACGUUACAGUCGGAGAUAGAAAAUUUGACGAAAGAAUUGGAUGAGAGGAAACGCGAAUUGGGAGCCUUGAAGGAAGCAUUUACCAACAAAGAGCACGAGCUGAUACAACAAAGAAGCGUAGAAACUGUGAAUACUAUCAUUAGUGAAGCUACUCAAGAAUUAGUGCAGAAGCAUGCAAUAGAGAUCGAGGAAAAAGAUAAGGAACUGCGCGAUUUAAUGGAAAAGUUGACGGCGAUGCAAACGAUAAUCGACGAAUACACCUUGAAAUUGCAAGAUAACGAGGCCAAGUUGGAGACGCAACAACAACAGAUCAUAUAUUUGAAGGAGGAUCUGACAGAACGAAAUUCAAUAAUCGGAGCUACUCAAGCCGACGCAAAUUUGUUAAAUGAAAAAUUGCGAGAGAAGCAACAGGAGUUGAUACAAUAUGAGGAGGAGAAAACUAAACUCACGAAAAAAUUGGAAGACUACUUGGCGGACAUCCAACAUCUGCAGAUUCAAUUGAACGCCUCAGAGACAAGCGCGAUCGAUUUGCAAGAGUGCAAUUCGCACAUUCACAAUUUGCGUCAAGAGAUUCAAGUUUUAAGAUCGGAGAAAGAAUCGAUCUUGUUGCAGUACGAUCAAGAGAUGAAGGCGUAUCAGACUCGUCUGGAGAACGAUAAAGAGCAGAUCGAUGCUCUGAAGCAGGAUUUGCGAGAGAAGACCAAGCAGUUGCACUACGUGAAUACACAAUUGUGUACUAAGGAGAACGAUUUGGAAGGAAUCAAAGCCAUGAUGAAUGAGAGAGAUUCUUUGUUGGAGAUCGUGAGUCAGGAAUUAAAUGAAAAGCGAGCCGAAUUGGAGAGACUGCGCGACGAGCAGUCGCAGAAUUCUCAGGUCGAAGGUCUUCCUGCUUCUAAGAGAGGCAACGAUGAUAAUGCGGAGCUGCAAAAGACUGUAGACGAGCUGAGGGCGCAGAUUGAAAGAAAACAUGAAGAACUGGAACAUUUGAAGUAUGUUUUGAGCGAACAAACGUAUCCCGCGAUCAUUCAGGAAUUGCAAGAUAACAUUAAUUGCCUGUAUAACGAGAAGACUACAUUGGAAGCUUCCUUGCAAGCGGCUAUGCAGACUUUGACGGAGAAGCAGGAGCAAGUCCAUGUUUUGACGCAGCGCGUUAACGAGCAGGAGCAUAUUUCCAAGGAGGAAGCCGGUUCGCUUUCUAAAGACCGAAGAUCCGCGCAUGAUCAGGAGGAGAUCGUCAGGUUGCAGAACGAGUUGCACAGGAAGGAACAAGAAAUCAACGAACUCAGGUACGUUAUAGCCGAGAAGGACUCACAAUUGUCUCUGCAAGCCAGUAUGGAGCCGCAGUCGGACGAUUUUGAACUACGUGAAAACAUGCAGAGAUUAACGGGAGAAUUAUAUGGCAAGGAGCAGGAAGUGCGAACGUUAAAGUCGACUGUCGUGGAGCUGCAAGAGAAGAUCUUGCAUCUUAAAGAAUUCGAGAGGCUCUCCGAGGAGAGUAGAAAUGCCGUUGAGAGGCUGGUUUCGGAGAAGGAGCAGAUCCGCAUCGAGGCCGAGGAGUUCCUGAAGAACGAGCUGCGAAAGAAAGAAUCUGAGAUCGGUGAAAUAAAGUUGAGGUUGUCGGAGGAAAAUCAAACGUUACUAGCUGAACUGCAAUUGAAGGGCAGCGAUAUCGAGAAUCUUAAGAUGCAAUUGGAACAGUUGCGGAUAACUGCGGAUGAUCGGAGUGUUAAGCUGUCGCAAAAGGAGGCUGCACUGAUGCAUUCGAUCGACGACCUGGCGGAAAAGGAGAGAAGAUUGGUCGAGCUGAGCAUCACCAAAGAUGCUGAGUUUCACAACUUGAAGAUGCAGAUUCUCGAGAAGGAGGCGCGUAUAAAGGAACUCUUGGCGUUAUCCGCUGAAGAGGAGAGGCAAUUGGACGAGCUGAGGCACACAUUGGCAACCAGGGAGACGGAGAUGGACAAGCUGAAGAAAUUGUUAGAGGAGAAGGUGUCCGAGUAUGAACUGAUACAGCACGCCUUGAAGAAAGACGUGUCCGUCGUCGAGGCUGCGACGCCGAAGAGUUCGGAGACCAUCGAAAUGGCCGACAACAAGGAGAGUACUUCCAACGAGUUGGAUCUCGCAUUGUACAUGCUUCAUCAGAGAGACGUUAGGUGCGAAGAAUUGACUCUCGAACUGAUGCAAUUGCUCGAAGAGCGCGAUACGUUGCAGCUGCGACUGUCCAAUGCAAUUCGAAUAAACGAGGAAAUGAGGAGGAUAGGUAGCGCUGAAGCGAGCCCAAUGAAAGAUUUAUCAUCGGCCUCCCAAGCGGCGAUUGAACCCCUCGUAGAACAACCUUCGCCUUCGAAAUCCGAAGGACCAGUCGAGAUCGCGAAAGAAGCUAUCGAUAUCCCGAUCGAGGACAAGGAAGCUCUUGCAUUGAAAUUGUCGCAGUUGCAUUCGGUCAGUCACGCCAAGGACGUACGAUUAAAGGACGAACGGGAGUUAAGGCAUACGCAACAAAUGUCCUUGUUAGCGCACAGAGAUGUUUUAAGUACAUUGCCACCUGAAGCAGCCGCAAGACUGGUCAACGCUAAUUACACGCUCUCUCGAGAUGUUCAGAGUCAGUCGAGUGUGCUUUUGAAUUGGUUGUGGGGCAAAAGCACGCCGAAGGUGGUGCACAUGUGAUGAACGAAUAGCGGAAGUCAAACGGCCAUCGUUUUUGCCUUCUGAAGACAUUCCUGCCAAGUGCCAACUGCCAAGACUUAUUUCUGCAGUUAACUAAUGUAUAACGGAGCGAUCUAUGUAUUUUUCAGACAGACAUCGUUUAAUUAUAUGCUAAUGAUUAUGAGGAAUUAUUUUGCAAAAGUAUUGCUUGACAAAAUAUUGUCAAGAAAGAAAUAUUUUUCAAAUUAUAGAAUAUACAGAAUGUAGAAGUAGGUAGAUAGUGUUCUUUCUCGGAAAAAUCGCUCCUCUUCGAGAAAGAAAAAAAUGUAUAAGGAGCAAACUUACAUGUAUUAUAAUAUUGUACAGCCGAGAUGCGUGGGAUAUACGAUGGAAUCUAAAAUAUUUAGACGAUAUUUUCUGUUCUUUUUUAUGCGACGACUAAUUAUUUAUAGCAAUGCGUGCAUGCAAUGCGAUAUACAUAUAUGUGUUAAAAUUAUGUUGAA